GGAAUUGUUAGUGGUUGCACAACUUUUAAAGUAUGUUUGAUUAAUUUCAGCCAUUAGAUGACUUAAUAAUAAUUAGGGGUAAUAUAAUAAAAUUGUUAUUCUAUUUAUGACUCCUUAAGGGUCAUUUUCCUCAUUUCUGAGGAACUUGUUUUCCUAAAGAAAAUGUUUUCCAAAACAUUUUGACCAACCAAACAUGAGAAAAUUGGAAAAUAUUUUCUGGAAAACGUGUUCCUCCAUACCAAACACACCCCCAAUUCAGCAUGAAGUUCAAUAUUUGCGAAUAUUGAAUAGUGAUUCAUGCCCAAACAAGCCCUAAUUCUCAUAGUUACCUGCACUAUUAUACAAGCCCCUUAGAUGAACUAACACUUAGUCCCAGCUAGUUAGUACUGCAAUAUAUGGAUUUUUCCUUAUUUUUUGUAAUUCUUAGUGGGUUGGGGUUUGGGAGUAGCAAUGGCUUAAAUGAUUUUAAGCUCCAUAGGUGCUGUGGCGACUGGGAUUUGAUACAACUAAGUUUGAGACUCUUCAGGAAAGAUUUUACAUUCAUACCAGUGGUAGUAGCAUUAUUCUCGUAGUUCCUUGCUCUUCGAUUUCUGGUACUACUUGUUGUUUCUUGGGCUUCAUUUAUCGCAUUAUGUGGCUGUUGUAACUGCUAUUUUUUUUUUCCUGAGUGCUAUGUAAUGCUCUCCUCUCCCUAUUAUUUGCUAUGUCCGCUUUAAUUCUGUAUUUUCCUUUUCUAAUUGCUUUGAUAUGCGUUACUUGAGCUGAGGGUCUUUCGGAAACAGCCUCUCUACCUCCACGAGGCAGGGGUACACUCGACCCCACCUGUGGGAUUACAUUGGAUGAGUAGCAGCUCGGAUGAGGAAUCAGAUUUCAGUGAUUCUGAGAUCAAUGAUUAUAUAGAGAAACCGUAUCAAGAACUGAGAGCUGGAAAAUACAAAGUGAAGGGUCCAAAUGGGUCUCUCAGAUGCCCCUUUUGUGCUGGGAAGAAGAAGCAGGAUUACAAGUACAAGGAACUGUUUGCACAUGCUUCUGGUGUAGGUAAAGGUGCUGCCAGUAGACGUGCAAAACAAAAAGCCAACCACUUGGCACUUGCAAAGUACUUGGAAUCUGACCUAGCAAAUGAAGCUGAACCAGUACCCCCACGUGCUGUCACACCAGCAGAGUGCACAGAAGCUGAACAAAAAGAAGUAUUUUGCUGGCCUUGGAUAGGGGUUGUUGUCAAUAUAUCAAAAGAAAAAGCAGAUGGAGAAUCUGUGGAGGACAAGGAGUAUUGGUUGAAAAAGUUCUCCUUGUAUAAGCCCUUGGAAAUUAUGUUUUUCCAUGAUAACCAAGCGCAGGUAUCUGAAGUUAUUGUGACAUUUGAUAGGGAUUGGACCGGUUUCAAUAAUGCAAUGCAAUUUGAGAAAUCCUUUGAAGCCAGACAUUGCAGUAAAAAAGAAUGGGUUGCCAAUAGAAGUUUGCCCGGUUCAAAUAUUUAUGGAUGGGUUGCGCGGGAGGAUGAUUAUAGAGCAGAAGGGGCAAUAGGAGAAUACCUGCGUGGAAAAGGGGAGUUAAAGACUAUAUUUGACCUGAUGAAGGAAGAAACACAGGAUAGAAAUAAGGUUGUAGUUAGUCUAGCUAAUGAGAUUGAUAUGGAAAAUGAAAAUCUGGAUGAGCUGCAGGUGCAGUUCAACUUAAAGACUUUGUCUCUUAGGCGGAUGCUUGAGGAGAAAGACAUACUACAUCGCUCUUUCUUUGAAGAAACAAGGAAGAUGCAACGCCUUGCGCGGGAGCACGUGCAGAAGGUCCUACAUGAGCAGGAGAUGUUAAGUGUAGAGUUGGAGAAGAAGAAGAAGCAGCUAGAUAUUUGGAGCCGAGAAUUGAACAAACGGGAAACUUUAACUGAAAGAGAAAAACUAAAGCUGGAUGAGGAGAAGAAAAAGAAUGACGAAAGAAACUCCGCACUUCAAAUGGCCUCUGAAGAACAAAGAAAAGCUGAUGAGAAUGUGUUGAGACUAGUUGAAGAACAUAAGAGAGAGAAGGAGGCAGCUUUGAGAACGAUUCUGGAGCUUGAAAGAAAGAAUGAUGCCAGGCAGAAGCUGGAAAUGGAAAUUGCAGAACUUAAAGGAAAACUAGAAGUUAUGGAGCAUCUAAGAGGUGAUGAUGAUGCAGCUGUGCAAAAUAAAAUCAAGGAGAUGAAUGAGGAGCUGGUUGGGAAAAUGGAAGAAAUGGAAGACUUGGAGUCCUUGAAUCAAACCCUUCUAGCAAAGGAGCGCCAGAGCAAUGAUGAGUUACAAAAUGCUCGGCGCGCAUUAAUUACGGGAAUGAAUGAGAUCUUGAGCAGUGGGCGCUCCCAUAUUGGGAUAAAAAGAAUGGGGGAAAUCGAUGAAAAGGCUUUUCGGAAUGCAUGCAAGCAAAGGUUCCCAAAUGAGGAAGCUGAGAUCAAGGCUUUAGAAUUGUGUUCUCUUUGGCAGGAAAAAAUAAAAAAUUCUGAUUGGCAUCCAUUUAAAACUUUCAUGGUUGAUGAGUCCAAUGCUGAGAAAGUGAUCGAUGAGGAUGAUGAGGCGCUAAAAACGCUCAAGGAGGAAUGGGGAGAUGAAAUUUACAAUGCAGUAACUGAAGCUCUAAAGGAGAUUGAGGAAUACAAUCCUAGUGGCAGAUAUGUGAUCGGUGAGCUGUGGAAUUUCAAGGAACAAAGGAAAGCCACGCUUAAGGAAGCAAUCAGCUUCAUUUUCAAGCAAUUGAAGACACAGAAGCGGAAGAGAUGAUAACAAGAUGCUAUGGGAGUUUACACGGUGAAAAUUGGACAUCUCUAUAUGAUAUUAGUCUGCAACUAGCACUUAAAACAUUCUUCAUGGCGGUUGUAAACUUUGUAUCUCUGAUUAAGUAGUGAAACAUCAUUUUCCGUGUGACUGGACCAAGGAUAUUCCAAACUGAUGACUGCUGUGUCUAAGAUUAGCAAAUGUGUGACACUAAAACUUAGAUCUGUUUGAGUUGAUAAUAUGUUUGCCUGGGAAAAA